AUAUCAACCGGCCGCAUCGUUUACCAGUCCUAGUGAGGACACGUCCCUCAAAUUUGGUAGCGAACUGAAUCUGAAAAAACAAGUGUAUCUGUAUCUAAAUCUAAUCUACAAACCCUUGAAACCCUUUCAACUUUUACAGUUACACCCCCAUUUCUUCUUCUUUCCUUACUUCUUUCACCAUUUUUAGUAUCCCAUCUUUUUUCUCAAUACCCUUCUUCCCUUUGUCUUUCUAACCCCCAAAGGUCACAGCUUUUUCCGCUUAUGGCUGAACCCCUAUUUUGUCACUGUAAUUGAUCGAUUCAUGGAGAUUGAUAACAGUUCUUCAUCGACUCCGACGUUAGAUUCUAGUUCGGGUUUGACUCGGCAGAGGUUCACCAUUGAGUUGAGGCCCGGUGAGACCACAAUUGUUUCAUGGAAGAGGCUGAUCAAAGACGCUCACAAAGCUGACCUCCCUUUGACUCAAGAGACUAAGAAGGUUCAGGUCGCUCUGGAUGAAUACUUCCAAGAUGAGAAGGCACUCACUAAGCACAAUGAGUUUACUGAUAAUAAGGGGAAAUCAAAACAAUUAAAUGAACCCACCGGUUCUACUGAAGGCCAGCUGAAAAAGCGGAAAACAUGUAUUCCAAAGGCUUUAGGGGAGAGGAUGGAUGAUGAUGUACCAAAUAAGAAUGCAAAAUUAGGUCAUGCAAGGCCAAAAGUUGCUGCAAAGAAUUUAAUGUUGGGAAAACAACCUUCCAGUCUCUCCCAGAGUUUUGCUGCCAACAAUGAACAUUAUAUAAAGUCACAGAAUCCAUCAAGUUCUCUAACAGCGUUCUCCAGAAAAAAGCUUGCUGAUACUAGCAUUAAAUCUGAGAAUUCUUUCUCUGCAGGAAUCCCAAAUAAAGAUACUUCUGUACUUAAUCAAAAUUCAAAAGAUACUGAAAAGCAGAGGAUUGGAAUUGCCCAUUGCAGGAGUAUAGGGAACAAAUUAAAAGAUGAGAAUAAACUCUCUGGUGCUAUCAAUUUGACUUAUGAUGAUAAAAAUGCUUCUAUGAAACUGGAGCCUCAGGCCAACAGAAUAUUGACUGACUCCAGUGAAUUUGAAUUCUUGACCAGUGUUUGGCAGAGGGACAGGAAUGGAAAUAAUGGACUGCCUGACCUUAAUAUUCCUGCUUCUCCCACUGAGCCAGUGAAAAUGGCCUCUUAUUUAAAGGAUGUCUCGAGUUUGAGGCCAAAAUGUUCAUCCCUUGAAAGGGCCAUCAGGGAGUUGGAGAAAGUAGUUGCAGAAUCAAGACCACCAAAUGUAGAAGUUCAGGAAGCUGACACCUCAUCCUUGGCUGUUAAAAGAAGACUGCCUCGUGAAGUGAAGCAAAAGCUUGCUAAAGUUGCUAGACUAGCGCAGUCAAGCCAAGGGAAAAUAUCAAAUGAGUUGGUUGACCAACUUAUGAGUAUUCUUGGACAUCUAGUGCAGCUUAGAACGCUGAAGAGAAACUUAAGAGAGAUGGUUCUGCUUGGUCUGUCAGCCAAGCGAGAGAAAGCUGAUAGAUUUCAACAAAUCAAAAUGGAGGUCACUGAGAUGAUCAAACUGCAGGCAUUUAAACAAAGUGAUGGAGCAGCAGAUAAUUUUCAUGAGGCAUAUUGCUCAGAGGGGAAAAGAGUUUUCAGAGAAAAAAUUAGUAUGAAUAUUGCACUGGAGGACAAAAUGUGUGAUCUGUAUGACCUAUACAUCCAGGGGAUGGAUGAAGAAAAAGGUCCGCAGAUUAGAAAGUUAUAUGCUGAGCUUGCAGAAUUAUGGCCAACUGGAGUCAUGGACAGUCUUGGGAUAAAGAAGGCAAUCUUUAGGGCAAAGGACCGUCGAAGGGCAUCAUAUGGUGAUGAGAAGGUUCAAGAAAAACUGAAGUUGGGUGUGCCAAGUAGUGAAGGCAUUAUUGGGGGAGAAGUUAGUUCGAUGGCUCAACCGCAAGCCCUGUACGAGAAAAUGGUUAGCAAGACUAACAGUCAGAAUAUUUUAGCUGCUGAUCAUCAUCACCUUGCUACUCCUAUGAGAACACCAAGUUGUACGGCUAUAGGUUCAAAUAUGGAUUUGCAAAAACAAGAGAGACUGGCAUUCCCACCACCAAAGCAGCAACAGGCAGAAGCGGAAAGUGGUGUGAACAAGUCCAAGUCAUCAUGGAUGACGAGGGAUAAGGAAUCUCAAAAGCGGACAGUUGGUAGCCCCUUCUAAUUCAAACAGUAGAAGACCCUGGUAGCAUGUUAUAUAUUAUGUGAAGGGAAUUGCAGAAGGGCUGUUUUCUUGAUGCAUUGGACAAAAAUACCCAGUGAAUCAGUAGAGUUAAUAUUGUGGUUAGAGUUGUUAGAUAGGAAUCAAUGGCAGAGAUAAGUUGUAAUGUUUAGGCAGACAUUGAACAAUUUAGAGGAAUUGUACCUUUAAUGGUUGAUAUGAUUUUCACUUUAA